UAUGCAUUGACUGUUCCUUUGAAAGUUGUUGCUUUGCGUGGCUCUAUUCCUCCUUCAUGGAUCAAGGACUUCAUAAAUUCCCAAGGGAAGAGAAUGUCGUUUAAUGUGAAGUAUUAUGCAAGUCUUGAGAGCAUCUUCUCUGGUCUAUCCAUUCCUUUUACCAAAGGAAAUCUUGGUCCAACAUCUCCUUUGGCAGCAGAUAUUGUCGGUAUUGGUGAUUCAUGGCUAAAAUUUGCCAUUAAAAAAGAUGUAAUUGAGCCAAUACAGGAUGUAGAUGGCCAGGAAUGGUUUAAAAACUUAGCUGAGAAAUGGAAGGUAUACCUACGCAGGAACUGUGAGGGAGAAAUGGAUCCUAAAGGUGAUGUAUGGGCUGCCCCAUAUCGAUGGGGUUGCAUGGUAAUAGCAUACAAGACAAAUAAUUUUCAAAAGUACAAGUUGGCUCCUAUAGAGGACUGGGCCGAUCUGUGGCGGCCUGAUCUUGCGGGGAGGAUUUCCAUGGUAGAUUCUCCUAGAGAAGUUGUUGGUGCAGUAUUAAAGUAUAUGGGGGCUUCCUAUAAUGCAAAUGACAUCAAUUUGGAAGUUAAUGGUGGGAGAGAUGCAGUUAAACAUAAUUUAGCAUUGCUUGCAAAACAGGUUCGUUUCUUUGACAGUGAAAACUAUCUAAAGGCUUUUGGAGUUGGAGAUGUGUGGGUAGCCGUUGGAUGGAGUAGCGAUAUUAUUCCUGUUGCUAAACGCAUGUCUAAUGUUGCAGUUAUCGUCCCAAAGUCUGGAGCGAGUUUAUGGGCAGAUCUUUGGGCAAUUCCUGCUGCCUCUCGGAUUCAAACUAGUCUGAUUGGUGGACGCGUAAGGGGACCGUCCCCUUUAAUCCAUCAGUGGAUCGAGUUUUGUCUGCAAUCUGCUAGAGCACUUCCCUUUAAGCAGGAGGUCAUUCCAGGUGCCUCUCCCCCUCUUCUUCAAGGUCAUUCUGCCAAUGUGUCCUUGGAGUUGACCAAGGGUAGGCCAAGGCUAGACACCAAUCUCAUCGAUGGAGCACCACCACCUAACAUUUUAGAGAGGUGUGAGUUCUUAGAGCCAUUAUCUAAUUCAGCAGUGUCAGAUUACCACUGGUUGCUUGAGUCAAUUCAAAAACCCGGCAAUGGAUUAAUACACAGAGUGCGUCAGUAUAUCUCAUCAUUGGUCACAUUUUCUGGAUGAUUUCUUUCAAAUCUGACUAGAACACAUUAAUUGGACCCUGAAAUACAUACCACAAAUGACAAAUGUGAUUUUAAUGUCCAGAAACAUCAAAGGUUGGUUGAUGUUGUUUGAAGACUUGCGGAGGUCGAUUUUCAAGAUUAUCGGGUUGUAAUAAUGCUGGAGCAGUAGGAGUUAACUGCCCAUUCGCUUGUCCUCUUUAAUAUUGUGAGACUUCAAAAUUUUCUGUAAAAUUGAUAAAAAAAAAGUUAUUAAUGUAUAAGUGCUUGAAGUAAUUUGUUUUU